AUGCUUAGCAAAUGGCCCUCACGAUUGUUCUUGUUGUGUUUAUAUAUGGACAUUAUAAGCGCUAGGACUGGAGCGGCUUACAAAGGUGGCAACACAACUAAAACAACAGGUGACAUACGCGAUGAUCGAAACGAUAAAAAUGAAAAGGAAAAACGUUUUUCUGUUGACUUCAUUCCGAAGAAACGAGUGGUCUAUUCCUUCGUAACAGACAGAAACCGAUUUGUACCAAGGACACCACGUUUGUAUCGCGCCUACAUUGUAAAACGCCCGUUGCUCGUUCGACAAACGACGGAAAACGCCCAAGGGCGUCAAUCCAUCCCUUAUGCAGAUGCAUUUUCCACAUUCCCAAGCGAACAGCUACUCAGGGAUCACACAAUUGCAGCCCAGCCAGUUUUUUACUAUCAAGAACCAAAUGAACAGCAGCAACUGACGGACCUUGAGGAACCUUUGCAAGAGGAGACAUUUCCCGAAGUACCGGAGGAGUUUUCAGGUACGAUUGAACGGCAAGUUGAUUUUUAAGUGUCAUGGUUAAAUAUAAUUAAAUUCUGGUAGAAAUGCCAAAUGCUGAAUUGUACUCCGCACGGCGCUAAUUUAAUGGUAAUUUGAUUUGAAUAUGUUGUGCAAUAUACGUACACGAUUCAUUGUGUUUUGCUUUUAAUUUGAGGUUAAAUAUUAGUAGAAGUCUCUUCUAAACGGUGUUGGAAACAAGCGGCUGGCGGUCAAUCCUAUACGUCCGUGGCCAGCAUUGCCCUGACUAAUUUCUCCGAAUACAGAAUAUCCGCAUUUUCCAACCAGAUGAUUAAUGAGAGACAGAAUACCUUUUAUUGGUGCUUUAACAAAAAGCCAACAAUAGUAUGAAGAGUAAAGCUAAGCGGAAAUAAUGACUCCACUAUAGCAAUUGAAAUGAUCACUAAUUAAAAAAUUUUUUUCCUCACAGAGUGAUGGUGUUAGGAGUAACAUGUACAAGAGUCGAAAAUUUAGAAUAAAAGUUCCCCUUUCACUUGUUAUGGUCAGUAACAGCGAAAUCCCAGGCACUACCUGUUUCAUUUGCAACGCUGGGAAAUAUUGUAAACUACAUUAAGAGCUGUUCAUAUCAGCAGCAUGGUUAAAAAUAAAAAUAUCGUUCUAAUGAGGCCUUAAACUGCUGUUUAGAAAAUAGAAUGUUAUUUUUCUAAACAGCAAUUAAAGACAUUUCUAAUAAAUUAGCAAACUUUUGCAUCAAGGAAGAAAAGUGAAACUGAUCAUUUAUGAUACCAUACCGAAAACCCUGACCUCUUAAUUGGUUAAUGAGUGUAUCAUACAAAACCUGCAUUGAAAAACAAAACAAAACAAACAAACAAAAAGUGGAAAAAUACACGGAAUGUGGCUGUAUUUACAAGGUUGGUGUUUGGAUAUGACACGAAACACUUCCUCUCGUGUUUGAUAAAUGACGUAGUCGUGUUUUGAUCUAAAUCAAAAUUAAUGCUUCUUCUUGUAUUUGUUACUUCUAUUUGCUGCCUUUUUUUUAUAAACAGUUAAAACACUUUUCGGUGUCUCAAUGGCAGACUAAAGACUUACCUAAUAUAUUACUGAAAAUACCUCAAGUAUUACAAAUCCGUCUCCACAGUCCACAUUGAUCGUUGUCAUCCUAAUCCAUGCUAUAAUGGCGGCCGCUGUAGAAGACGUAGACAUGGAAGAUUUAGGUGCAUUUGUCAUCGAGGAUACAGUGGAAGACUCUGUGAAGGUAUUCAUUCCUAUUCAAAAAAAUUAAUGAAUGUUCAGUAGGCAUAUUAGAGACCUUCCUCAGUUUUUUCCUGCGAAAGCGCAAAACGCGAACUUAUAUAAUCAAUUUAGUUUGCAGUUUCGCGUUGUCAGGAUUUCGAGUUUUAGCAAAGCAUUCGUGGUUUAGUGCCGCCAUGUUGUUUUUCGUCAAGCCGCAGUGCUUCACUUUUAUCGGCCAAAAAACAUGAAGAAUUCAAAGAUUCGAGUUCAAAAUUCUAACUGGCACAUCACAGGCUAGUGAAGAAGCCUACUGAUCUUGAUCUUGCCUAAAUGUGAGGCUGUACAAUUUUAAAAGGCAAAAACCUCGCUGUAAAUCACUUACCGCUGGAAGCUCUUCCUGCCGUUGAAACGUUAACUGCAAACUGCAAACUGCAAACUGCAAACUUGACCUCAAGACCGUGGUGACGUGACAUCCUCAGGUUUGCCGUUUGCCGUUAAACAUGGCCGUUAACCAAUCUACUGUCCGAUUGAAUGCGCAGAUUCAAGGUCCCAAAUUAUUCCUCUUUGCAGUUAUGCGAACAAAAUGUAAACCAAACCCCUGUUUAAAUGGAGGAUCAUGCACCGAUGUGAAGGGAGGAUUUGAAUGUUCAUGUCCAUAUGGCUACAAAGGAGAAACUUGUGAUCGUAAGUGUUCUACUACCCUCUUUACCCACAGGUAUCGACGGUCUACAGAGGUUUGCUUGCGAAGCUGCAUUUUUUUUGGCUGGUCAAACUCGAUCAAAGUUCGUUAUUACGAUUAGCCAUGUUUAAUUGAUUGCAAGCGCUUUCGGUUUGUUAUAGGGCUAAUAUAUUUGGAAGUUUAAGCAGCCACGCCGACGUCAGCGACAGAGUCAUAAAAACACUUUAUUUUAUGAGCAAAAUAAAGCUUCUGCAAGUGUAUCACAUUUUUUGUUACCUGAUUUCUCAUUGACGUCCACUGAACUGGUACGACGUAAAACUUGCAACCGCGACUAUUCGUGGAGGACAUAGACACACGACUACAAAUUUUCGAUACGCUUUUUUUAGUUUUAAACACCUAAGGAAUCAACUCUAAGAAAAGUUUCCACUUUCGACAAAAUGAGAAAGGCUUAUGUUCGCUGUUAAUAAGCUCACUAUCUGCUUUGCUUAUAGGGGAAGCUAUGUGCAAAAAUAAUCCAUGUCAAAAUGGGGGCUCAUGCACAGAAUUGGACAACGGCUUUCAGUGCAGCUGUUUACCAGGAUAUCGCGGUAGAAAAUGUCAAGGUAAAUUCAUAGAGGAUAUUACACGGUGGCGCGAAGAUAUGAAUUUUUUUUUCGAGUGGCAAAACAAUAUUUUACGAACGAGCGCAGCGAGUGAGUAAAAUAUUGUUUUUGCCACGAGAAAAUAAAAUUCAUAUCUUGAAGCCACCGUGUAAUUGUUCUUUUUAUUAUAUAGACAAAAGACAUCGAUAAAAUAAUAGUGGGAAAUGACCGAAAUUACGUCAUCGAUAAACUCACGUGUGAGGUUAUGGAAAAUAAACCACUCGGGUCCCGGAUGUAGUUUUUAUGAAUUUUACGAGUGGUAUAUUUUCCAGUAAAACACUCGUGUCUAUAUAAUAAAAAGUGAUAACAGUCCGCAUUGUUUAUAUCUUGUUCGUAAAGCUAAUUUUUGCAAUCUGUUCGUGCGUGUAUUAAUAUAUGUUUGCGUUACUGCUCGUUUGGUCACUUGCGUUAAUUUUGUCGUUAGGAUCGGAAUUAAGUUUUACAGAUGCCAUACCAACAAACUGGUUCGUUAUUUUUUAAUACUGAUCUAUUGCAGAAAAUAGCUACUGUUACCAAAACCCUUGCAAAAAUGGUGGAACCUGCACCGAAACGGACACUGGAUUUGAGUGUAUUUGCACUGCCCAAUGGAGCUGCAUCGAUUGCAGCUGUACCGGUAAGCCUUGCCUUCUUCUUUCUAGGUUUAUUGAACAUCUUCCAAUUUGAAAUAUAUACAGAAUAUACCACAUAUGCUUACCGGGGAAGUUCCUGGACAAAUUUGCUUUUCCUAACAGUUGUAACACUGAUUAACCUACAGCCACAGCCAAGCAUUCAGAACUGGAGUAUUGUUUCCCAAGUCCAUGCCAAAAUGGUGGAAGCUGUUUUUCAACGCACAACGGAUAUAAGUGCCUGUGCAGGCAAGGAUACAAAGGAAAUAACUGCGAAGGUAAAAAGAGAAACUUUUUGUUAAGUAUUUUGCUAUAGAAAAUGUAACUAAAAUGAAUGUGUCAGUUCUUGAAGUUUUUCAUGUGGCAUGAAGAGGUCCCUGCGAAAAGGUGCGCAUGUUUCUUUGGUUCCUUUUUUAUUUGCUUACGUGUUUUCUAUGUAUAAAUUUAAAGCUUUGCUUUAUUAAAAAAAGUCAGGCUGAAAAAUAAUUAUUGACCGGAUCAAAUGAAGAGGCCACGACAAAGUGAGUAUUAGGAGCUAUGAUAAGCAGCUGUAAUAGGGAGCAAGGAUCAUUACAAUUGCUAGUGGCCGUCCUUCUGUGUGACAGGUUCCGAGUUCGAUGUCCUGGUGUUACCUCGAAUCCUUGUUUCUGCUUCUCUCCUUUCCGUGUAGAUUUAAGUAGCUUUUAAUUCCUGUGUAAAAUGGAGCACUUAAGGAAAGAAGGGGGAUGGGGACGUAAAAUGAGGGUACGGUCGGCCUCACGUUUGUCAGUUUAAGCACUGUUAAGAGUAACUGACGUAAAAUAAAGACCUUUACCUUUUUUAAAUUAUCUGACCUUGUGUGAAGGCUAUCGUAAUUAGAGAAGAAAUUUUGCAUAGAAUAGUGUUAAGAUAUGUUCGGCCCGCAGGUACAAACCGCGGGUUACAGGUCACACGGUGUAGGUUAGAAAGACACUCAGGUCAUGAUACAACGGCGAAUAAACAAUAUUAUAAGUGUCAUCCAGCCCGAGACCUAAUCACAAUCCGAAAUAGGGGAAACUGCUUUUCUCAGUUAUUUAUCAAUAGAGCAGUGAUCUGUACUUGUGACCUGGGCGGCUUGUUUAAUGCAGAUAUGAGCGGUGGCAUUCCCUUUUCUCUCGUUUUUUCUUUCAGCUCCGGAGUAUUGUACAUCUGCACCUUGUCUGAACGGAGGGACUUGUAAAGAAACAGUCACUGGCUACAGCUGCCACUGUAAAAGCCGAUUUCGUGGGGAUAACUGUGAAGGUAUACAGAGGUGUUAAACGAAAGAUCAUGUUUUUUUUUUUUGGUUGAAACUAUAUCACCAAUUAAGAUUCACAAUAAUGAUAAUGCUAAACUUUGGAUAACUGAAAACAAACUCUCUCGUUAAUAUUUGUGUUUCUACACAAAGCCACUUUCGUGUAUUCCACAGGUGUCAUCGUUAAACUUUACAACAACAAUGAUCGAAUGUUUUCUAAUCAUCCUUAUCAUUACAUAUCCCUAUUUGAAUCUCCAGUUGAAAAUCAUUGUCGGCCUACAAGUCCGUGUGAACAUGAUGGCUUGUGUGUUGAGACGGAGGAUGGAUAUAAAUGCAGAUGUAAAGUUGGUUAUAAGGGAGUUAACUGCGAAGGUAAAUCUCAACAUCUAAUUUAAAAAAAUAGAAAAACGUAACAAUUGAAACUGAAGAAUUCCAGGUAAAGCGUGCUUGUGAGCUCUCUAUAAUGACAAGUAACUUUUUUCUUGUUGUUUCGCAUUUUCAUAAUCUCACUUUUUCUUCAUCACAUAAGAAAAGGACUAUUGCACCCCAAAUCCGUGCAAACACGGCGGAUCAUGUACCGAGGAAGAGGGAGGAUAUUCAUGCGCAUGUCAAGUAAACUUCAGAGGAGAGAUAUGUCAAAGUACGUGCUUUUAUGUAUCGAAACGAAUUUUUAAUAUUUACUUAUGAAACUCAUGUUCUUGUGUUUUAUUAGUUACGUGCCUUAUAUUGAUAGUAAUAAAAAACCUUUCUUAUAUAGACAUUGCACCUGCCUUACAGUCAAACGACAGCAUGAGUAUUGACGCCUUGUGUGCAAAAUCCGACUGUGGUCUCACUCCACCACACCCCAUAGUCUACCGAACCAUAGUAGAACUACAUACAUUUUUUCCUUUUGGUUUCCUAUGUUGUUGCCUUUCUGUUUGUUUAUUUGUUUGUUUCAGUUUUGUUUUGCUUUUGUUUUUCUUUUAAUAAUUAAAAGCUGUGACGCUAUUUAAGUCACUAAAUAACUUUUUAGCGAAAGGCAAGCUACAAUCAAGCUGAACUGUGCCAGUAUCUUCAGGCCAAAGAAAGCACACGCAUGAACAAAAGAUGGUUGAAAGCUAAUAAUCUCUGCACGUAAGAUAUUAUUGCUAGUCCCGCCUGAAUGGGAGACAAACCUGUCGCAGGGGCCAGUACCCUAAAAUGAAGUCGCUAGUACGCAUACACCACUGUUCCUUCACAACAAAAUUUACUGAAAGCACACGAUUAGAAAGCUUUUUAUUUUUGAUUUUUUUCGUUUAGUUCAGGAUAUGUGUGCCUCUAAUCCCUGUCUGAAUGAAGGAACAUGUAUUGAUAUGGAUAACAACACAUUCAAGUGUCUGUGUAAGGGAGGCUGGAAAGGACUCAACUGUGAAGGUAUAAGUAGCAAUGUCUGUUUGAAUUUUAACAAGACGCUGCGGGAGCGUAUAGUUGGGCACACAAGUAAAUUCAUUUUCAUUUAGAGAUUUACCUCUCUUUGCAUUACCACAACUAAUUGUCCUUCAAAAGGUUAAAAAUUAUUUCAAAAUUCAUUUUAGAGAAAGAUUUUUGUAUCCCAAAUCCCUGCAAAAACGAAGGUCACUGUAUAUCACAUGGAUUCUCAUUCGAAUGUCACUGCUCGCUUGGCUACAAAGGAAAGCACUGUGAAGGUAUGGUAUACAGGGAUACAGUUGUUAUGUUAGUUAUAGUUGUUACAUUCAAUGAGUUCAUUGCAAAAGAAACUGAACCGAAUUUUGAAAAAGAAACUGAGAAUAUCGUCAAGAAAGAGAAUAAAAUAUUCACACACUUCCCUAUUUUCAAAUGUCCCUGCUUACCUUUCUACCUCAUUGCCGAUGAAAUCCCGAGAAAUAGCACUAUACUAAAAAACCUAAGAAACAAACAUAUUAAAUUCCCCUUUCAAAACGAAUAUGAUUUUACAGCCGUUUUGAGUGUGUUUACAACCUAAACGCCAAGGUCCGUAUAAAUGCAUGGAGAAUGUAGGCAAAAACUGUUUGUUUCAUCAAACACACUAAUUAUUUGUAUGGUUUUGUUUGUCAAGCUAAGGACCCUUGCAGCCCUAAUCCAUGUCAUCAUGAUGGCCAGUGUCUCAUCAGUGGAGAUAACGACUUUGAAUGUAAUUGUGCUCGAGGAUACACUGGACUUAAGUGCGAACGUGAGUUAGUCCCGCGGCAGCUAUAAAAUAGUAGUCGUAAAGUGACACCCUUCUUUCAUACAAGGCUUGUAUGCGGUGCCACGCAAGGGUAAGAACAAGCAGUACAAUUGGAAAGAUGUAUUAGUCAGUAAUAUUGUACAAGUUACUGAGUCCACGCGUACAUGCAUAAGCCAGCUCUAAAUAAAAUUUAAAGAAACGCAUUCUUGUGCAAGUUAUCGUCAUCUUAACUUAACAACUAGAAAUCUUAAUGGAAACAGUAAUGAUCACUGUGAACGCUUUCUUUAAAUUUCUCCAAGAAUUUAUCGCGAUGUAAGAAUCUAAAAUUUUCAAACACUUAAAAAGGUUAUCAUCAGUUUGUGAACGCUCUAAAAUACAUUCCGCUAGAAAUGGGUUUUCUUGCGCUCGACAACUCAGUUCUCUUCUAAGAAGAUCGCCAGAUCAAUGAGCCGGUACGUCACCUCAAGUCCCGAUACUUCAAGCCCUUAGCCCUAUAACUACUAUUCACAAACUGUAGAUGAGAAGAAGGAAAAAAUUUAUUUUAUUUAUCUGUUGAUUCAUCAUUUUACUUUAAGGACUUAAUCCGUGUUACCCUAAUCCUUGCAAUGGAGGGAAAUGUAAACAAACGGUCAACAGCUUCAAAUGUUCAUGCCCCCCUGGAAAAGUAGGAGAGCUUUGUGAGGGUAAGACAUAUUUUUUUUUUUUUUUUUUUCAUUCAGAAAAAAUGGGAGCUAGCUGGUGAUCCUCUACGUCUCAUGUAUUUUUAGGACAACAAGGACGCAGACCAGCUUAAAUUCUCUUAGUUACUUUGAUAGUCAAACCACAAAUGCUUUCUGAUAAAUCUCUUUUCAUUUCCUAUACCAAGGAAAUGUAAUUAUAAACUAUGUAAUACUGCUGUCAUUUAUCACAGAAAACGACCCAUGCUUGCCUAAUCCGUGUCAGAAUGAAGGAGGCUGCGUUGCACUCAUUCAUGGUGCAUAUAAGUGUACUUGUCCUGUGGCAUUUGUGGGAACUUUGUGCGCAGGUAGGGAAUAAUAUUAAUCCGGUAAUACUUUCUCUUGAUAAAAGCGAAAACACAUUGUCAUUUCCAAAUUUAACAGCCGAGACACUUUAUGCUAUAUCUGUUCAGCUAAUUAAUCCACAGUAUAUAGCUUUUGUACCGCAUUUGAUCUGAGCAAAAUCCAAAACUUUUUGGAGCGCUCCAACGGAUUCAGAACCAUUCAGAACUUUCGAUGAAGUUGGACUAACAUUUAAGCUUUAUUAUGUAUUAGUGCUAGACUUGCAACGUCAAUAAUUGUUUAUUUCAUUAUUAUUACUAUAAUUAUUUUUCAGAUCCCAACCCCUGCCUUCCCAGUCCAUGCCUGAAUAAUGGCACAUGUUUAAAUACUGGUAUCACAUUUCAGUGCCAAUGCCCUACAGGAUUCUACGGGAAGCGAUGUGAACGUACGUUGUCAGUGUUUUAAAACUUGUAAUCUUAAGUUUUUAAGACAUACAUACCUACUUGGUUUCGGAAAAUUGUCCAAACCUAUGAAAAGGCUGGGCAAAUCGUCAUUAAUUCAUUCCUGUCGAAAAGAAAAGUGCCGGUUAGCUUAAUAUUGUGAUACUAUCGAAAAGUAACUUAAAAAUGGUGCACAUAAAAAGUUUGUUUGUUUGUUAAUUUUGUUUGUUUUUCUUUUCUCCCGACGCGCGAGUCGGAUUUUAUUCUUGGCUAUGAAAGCUUUCACUCAUUAAUUUAGAUGUACGAAGACUGAGAAUCUGUUUACUUUACGUAGUGAUUUUGCAUUUUUCUCUUCAUUGCUUUUGUUUGCCCUUUGUUCACAGAUCAGUCUAAGUGUGUCCCUAAUCCCUGCCUUAAUGAUGGCACGUGUCGUGACGUAGAUAUUGCACGAGGUUACGUGUGCUACUGCUCCAUAGCGUACCUGGGACCCAACUGUGAAAGUGAGUGUUGGUUGAGUAGGCUACUUGAAAGUAGGAAAAGUUCGAAAGUUCGCCUUUUUUAUUUCACAGUACUAUCUUCUUUAUCCUUUGUUAAUAGAAAAAGCGGGCUUCAGUUCUCACUAUCGAACUUUUAUUGUGAUGUCCUAUCUACAGAGAGUUUUAUCUCUACGUACAUACAGAGUAUAGAAAACCAUAGAAGCCCAAUUUUUACUUGAAAAUUGAUGUGACAAGCUAUCAGCAGUUGUUGCUCAUGCAAGUAUCUAACUGUCACAAACGUUUCUUAUUAAAAUACCUAAAAUGCUUGCAGUUUCUCAGCUAGUUUGGGCUCCGUUGAAACCAAAACCAAUCAAAAUUUAAAUGGGAGCCAACCACAUUGCGAACACAGAUACUGACAGAACAUAUAACAGUGAAAACUACGUAAAAGAAUGUAAACUAGGUGAAAGCUUCAACCAAAGCACUAGCUCAACUUAAAUUUAGGAACUUGCAAAGGCAUACAAGAUUUCUUUACGCUAAGAGAGAUGUUUCAUAAUAUCUUUCUAAAUGCAUUAUCAUGUCAUAUAGGAGCUAACCUAUGUCAUCCUAACAACCCUUGCCAAAAUGGCGGCACGUGCAAAUCUGAUGGGACGAAUGUAAUUUGUCAGUGUGCACCAGGAUAUUUGGGACCUCAUUGUGAACGUAAGAAUUUAGCUAUAAAUGCAGCAAUAAAUUUGAUAAAUAGUAAGAAUAAUGCAUGGUGAUACAACUAAUUUAAGAGUUAUAGCCGAACUCUCAGACUGCUGAGUAUCGAUUAGUCAGUUCAAAGUCAGUGCACACCUCUCAGUAGAAACCACUUCUGUCUUUCGAACGAUUUUUUUUUUAACUUUCCCUUCUUCAAAUUUAAAUAGAUGACAUGAGGUAACAUUUACUUGUAUUCGUUAUCAAUAAGGUGCAGUAUGUAUGUAUGUAUGUAUGUAAAUCUUUAUUUAAACACGGGAAAUCAUCAGUUAAGCUUAAGUUAAAAACUAAAACUAAUUACAACUGCUUUACAUGAUUGCCGUGGGGGAAUCCCAUAUAUCAGCUACCUUCUUGAUAUUUCGCUUAAAAUGCUCAACGGAUGCAGCGUUUUUUAAGUUUUUGGGCAAGUUAUUCCAUAACAUGGCCCCGCUGUAAGAGAAGCUUCGUUGCAAAUAAUUGGUGUUUGGUUUGGACAGGGUCAGCCUUCCCUCAGAGUUUCUUAAGUUGUAAGCAGAGUGACGCUGAGAGAAAAGACUUUGUAGAUAUUUUGGAGCAAGGUCAUGCAUGGUUUUAUACAUCAUUAAGGCUUUUUGUUUCUUUCGUCGAAGAGAUAGCCUCUCCCAGCUGAGGGUGGAGAGAAGGUGGUUUGAGCUCGCAUCAAAGGGUGAUUUAGUAAUAACUCUGGCUGCACGAUUCUGUAAUUUUUGGAGCUUAUCACUCAAGUAACCACUCAAACAGUCCCAGACGGGGCUGCAGUAAUCAAAAUGAGGCAUAAUUAAAGCGUUAUAAAUUUGAAUUGCAGUUUCUUUGGAUAUAAAGGGCCGCACACGUUUUAGGGCGCCUAUAGCUGAAGAGACUUUCUUGCAAAUCUCUUCAACGUGUUUACCCCAAGAGAGUUGAGCAUCUAUGGUAAGACCCAAGGAUUUGGUAUGAUCGACUCUCUUGAUAAUUUGGUCAUCAAUUUUGAUUUCUACAUCGUCACAUUGGGCAGAUAGUCUUUGUCUUGAUCCAAUAAUCAUUAGCUCUGUUUUAGCAACAUUUAGACUGAGCUUGUUAGCUUUCAGCCAACAGCUAAGGUUAUUUAAUUCAGGGGUUAGAGCUAGCUUAAGCUCUGUUAACGUCUUAGCAGAUAACGUAAGGUUGGUGUCAUCGGCAAACAUUCUUGGUACGGCGCCCCGCAGGGAGUUGGGAAGAUCAUUAAUGUAAAUUAAAAAUAGCAAAGGACCCAAUAUGCUACCCUGCGGCACGCCGCAACUGAGGGUACGAGCAGAUGAUAGUUUGCCACUGACAUUACAUCUUUGGGUUCGGCCACUUAAGUACGACGAGAACCAUUUUAUAGCUGCCUGAUCGACACCCAAGUAUGACAUCUUACGCAAGAUGAUCUCAUGAUCAAUGGUGUCGAAUGCCUUAGUAAGGUCAAUAAAGACAACGCCAUUUAGAAGGCCAUUGUCGAUGUUUACUGACCAAGCAUUUGUUGCCUCAAGCAAAGCCGUGAGCGUACUAUGUAGAGAACGGAACCCUGAUUGGCAACCUAGUAGCAAUUUAUUAUCAUCUAGAUAAUGGAAAAGUUGAUUAUAAACAAUUCUUUCAAAAACUUUCGAAAUUAUAGGGAUUACAGAUAUUGGCCUGUAGUUGUUAGGGUCCGAUUUAAUGCCCUUUUUAAAAAGUGGAGUCACUUUGGCUGUUUUCCAAUCGUUUGGAUAUAUCCCAGUGAGAAUAGACUUUGAGAAUAUUGAGGUAAGAGAGGGUGCGACGAUAUUAGCAGCCAUUUUCAACAAUUUACUCGGAAUCAUAUCAAGACCGGUGGCUUUCUUUUCAUCAAUUUUCGACAAAACGUUAGAAACAAUAUCAACACUCGGAAUUUGCAGAGAAAACGAAUGAUCAGUGGGCUUUAAAUAAGACUCAGGAUUAACAUCGACAACAGGAAUAUCUUGUGCUAAUACUUGCGCAACGUUUGUAAAGUGAUCGUUAAUAGUUUCCGCAAUGUCCAAAGGGUUACUUGCUAUUUUAUCAUCUACCUUGAUCUCCAAAAUAUUCGUUGACUUACCACUGUUACGUGAAGUUAGCUCGUUGAUAACAUUCCAUGUUUUGCGCAAAUUACCUUUGUUGGCUUCCAGGUUGUCAGAAACAUAGAGUUUUUUUGCGAGUUUAAUUGCGUUAUUUGCCUGAUUUCUUGCACACCUAAAUUGAUCCCAUAUAGCCGGGUUAUUGGAGGAGAUUGCCUUCUUUUUAAGGAAAUCUCGUUUUCGGAUUUUGCUCAGUAACUCUCUAGUAAUCCAUGGAGAUCGUUUUUUCCGAAUUCUUUUGGAUUUAAGUGGUGCGUGUUUAUCGACGCAGCCAAGAAACAUUUCUUUCCAUACAUGCCACAUUUCAUUGGGAUCAGAAUACAAAUCAACAUUGGCCCAAGGUAGUUGAUUGAGGUCACUUAAGAAUUUUCCUCUGUUAAAGUGUUUAAAUUGCCGUGUUUCAAUCACGCGAGGGCCAAUACGGCAGUAUUGAGUCUUACGUGACAAAAAAACAAGAGAAUGAUCACUUAUGCCAAGGUGAAUGACACCGGAAUUUGUAAUCUUCUCUGGGGAGUUCGUUAUACAUAAAUCAAUUAAUGUUUUUGAGUCCUGGGUGACACGUGUUGGUUCAGUGAUUAACUGACUAAGACCAUAUAUAUCGAAAAUGUUUAUCAGAUGGGAGGAAUUAACUGUAAUUGCUUCAGGCAACAAAUUGCAGUUGAUAUCACCGAGUAAAUAUAAUUCCUUAUUUUCCGCGUCAAUUUUAGCAAUAACAUUCUCAAAUUCGCUAAAUAAAUUGGGUGGAGAACUUGGGGGUCGAUACCAAGUACCGACCAGAAAUGGUGUACUUCGUGGCUUACUGAUUUCAACAAAAAGACACUCUAAAAGAUCAUUAUUUAAAUCAUUACGUAUUCGAUAGUUCAGAUUAGUGCGUACGUAUGUACAUACUCCACCUCCAUUCCUUCCGUUAAUUUUACGAUCUUUUCUGACUAUUUCAAAGCCAGGUAUGUAAACUUCGUCAUCACGUACUGUAGAGUCUAAUUUUGACUCGUUGAUAUGUAAAAUAUCAAUUUUUGAAGAGGACAUAAAAACUCUAAGUUCGUCAAUAUGAGACAACAGACUAUUAAUGUUAAGGGAUGCUAUGGCUAAACCUCGACCAAAGAUUGUGGGACAGCUGGACUUACCGCGGUCGGUACCCUUAUGGACAUCAGCCGAGUCGGAUUCCCAGACGGCAAUAUCCUAGUCUACACGUAAAUGGUUAAUGAAGUUUUGAGCUAGGCGAGUGGUGCCUUUCUUGUUUAAAUGAAGACCACUUCGAUUUAAGUGGCUAGUUAUUGAAAUGUUAGAGUGGUCAACAAAACCCCAGUUCUUUUGCUUGCAGCAUUCCUUAAGAACUUUGUUCACGUCGGGUACUUUACAUGCAAGGGCGUCAUCAUCAGAUCUAUUGAUGAGACCGGAUAUAGAUAUCAUAGCUGAAGAUUCAGAGCUGACUGCUUCGGCUAGGUCAAUCAGUUCUACUGCACAUUCACGAGGAGUAUUGGAGGAUCGUGAGACAUAAAUUGUCUGAAAAUCGUUAGGAAAUGAGAACGUUUUCUAAGAAAACGUUAUUGUGCGCUUUAAACUAUGCCAUCGAAGUUAGGCGUUAGCUGUUUGGGAAAACGUCCGUGCUGAGAAAGGCUUUAUCGUGCUCAUGACUUAUAUCAUGUUUUACUUUAGAGUUCAACUUCUGUCACUCAUCGCCGUGCAAGAAUGGUGGAACAUGUACUCCCAACACAAACAGUUUUCAUUGUGACUGCAAACAAGGAUUUUUUGGCAACACAUGUGAAGGUAAAAAAUUAGUAGUAGCAGUGACCAUGUUACUUGAAAAGCAUCUUGUUAAUCAAUACUUAAUAAUGCCCUUUAAUUUCUCAGCUGUGAGCAGUAAUUGCUUCCCGAAUCCUUGCAAGAAUGAUGGUCUGUGUGCUGAAGUGAAAAACAAAGAGGGUUAUAUGUGCAUCUGCAAAGGAGGAUAUGCCGGACGACAUUGUGAAAGUAAGCUUUGUGAUUGGCUAAAACAUUCGUGAUACUUUCACUCGGCUAAUCAGUAUUUUCCAUGCUUAGCCCCGGCUUGUUGUAGUUGACAUCCGUUCGGGUUAUUUGUUUCUUGCGUCUCCUGCUACUGGUAAGAGUAAUGCUUUUCGUUUCCGUGCUUUAACAUACAGUAUAAUAAUUAUAACAAGUAAGAUGUUUAAUGUUUAGAAAUGGAAAUAGAGGACUCUGGGGGAGAUUGGAUUCAAAAAGAAGCCAAGUGUCGGAACAGAAAAGAACCUUUCGCGCAGCUAAGUGCUCGUCUUUAGAAUGGCUAUCAAUUUUUUUCCUCACUGUUAUCCCUUUUUUGCUAGGGAAAGAUGCAUGCACACCAAACCCUUGUAAACACGCAAGUACCUGCUUGCAAGCUCAUAAUGAUCGAGGGUAUCACUGCCUUUGUGCUCCCGGAUGGCGCGGAUAUGUCUGCGAACGUAAGUAUUAAGUGAUAUCAUUUCAAUUGAUUUUUGAGAGCUUACUUUAGAAAAACUUAAAAACAAAAGAAUUCAUCUGAGAGAUUUUGUGGGAAAGUGUAAUGAGCUGUUUUUGUAAAAGGUCUUCGCAAUUACUCUAACUGCAAGUUAUGGCCAUAGGGCGUUGCAUCCUUGGCCGCACAGCGGAAACGGUUUCUGUCAAUUGCCAAUCUUCCAACUUCUAUUAGGGACAUGUUGAAAACAUCCCGUAUGUCCCUUUUCCAUCGCCUUCUCGGUCUUUCUUUCCCAGUUCUUUUUUCCCAACUGUCUUUCCCUCCAAGAUGAUCUUUUUCAAGCCGUCAUUCACUUCUUUUCAAAUGGCCAAAAUACUUCAGCUUCAGUCUUCGCACUUAGUUGCGGGGAAAUACUCUAUUUCCAAUUUCUUUUUCAAUUUAUCUUACUCAGGAGCCGAUCUCUGCCUUCCCAUAAAUCCGUGUCUUCAUGGUGGAACAUGUUACAACGCAUUGGAUACAUACAUAUGUCACUGCCCGCCACGAUACUCAGGAAACAACUGUACAGGUGUGUAAAAUAAGAUGAAGGUCCAGGAGGUCAAAACAAUAUAAACAUGAAAGAAGAUGGUCCUCUCCAAGUUUUCAUUUUGACAGCCCCACUUAAGAACAUUCAUUAUAAAAACCCUAAUAAGACACCAGGUGAGCUUUCUGGCGAAAACAUGAUGCCUUCAAAGGUGAAAAUAACACGAAAUCUAGAUCUUCACCCAUGAAAUGAUCACCGUUGCUAUUGUAAAAAUAAAUAAAUUGCGCUUUUCGCGGUUAAAAAGUAUUAAAGUGAAAUAGUUGGAUAUUUCUUUAGUAUUUGUACAAUAAAUAGAUAAUAUAUGAUCACUUAGAGAUACUUCCAAAUUUCCGAGACUUCUUGUUUUGGAAAAUAUGUCAAUCUCCGUGCUGCCCUGUAAUAUCCUCUAAAAUUGUGGUAUCUACAACGUUAAAUCCGCAGACCACAUUAGAAAGAACUCCUUUAUCUUUACAUCUUCUGCAAGUUAAAUUAUACUGACAUGCCGUUUUCGAAUUUUAAAAAAAUAGCCGAACAAAAUUACCAUCAUGAUUUCAACUGACAGUGUUUUAGAAUAUGCAUAAGUAACAUCACUUUUUUUUCCAUGAUAUAGUUGACAAGUGUAAUCGUUGUGACAUGAACGCAAACUGCAUCAGUGGGACUUGUGAAUGCAGACAAGGAUUUGUGGGAAACGGAUUCACCUGUACAGGUAAAUACAAAGCUGCAAGUAAGCUCUUGCUUUCUGCGAAAAUGUUAUCUAUAAUAACCAAAGGCUUCAUUACGUUAUAUGCAAUCUCUUUGUUCAUUUUAUUUCCAACCCUUUUAUUGUCAUAAAACGUUUUCUUAUAACCAUAAUUUUAGUUGCCGGAGAUCCUUGCCGUCCCAAUCCAUGUGAAAAUGGUGGAACAUGUAAUCCUGGACACGGUGGAAAGUUAUUUGAAUGCAUGUGCCGAGAGGGAUUCAGUGGAGAUAAAUGCCAAGGUAAAUUUACAGCAGACGUACACUAUUCUGCUUGACAUAAUAUAUUCUCACCUAAACGGACCAGGCUAAUGACAAGCACCUUUAAUUCCCCUUGUUUUAGCUUGCUAUGACAUGAUACUCCAUAAAGAAAAAUAUACACUGUACCAUAUAAUCCGCUGGUGGCAGUUAGGUGAUGGUAACAUUACUUUCCACAGAUGAGUCUUAUACCAUUGAUAACGGAUUAUUAAGGUUUGUAAAAAGAUCACCCUGUCAAUGAGAUGCCCGAAAGGGACCUUUGAAUUUUACUCCAUGAAGCACUGCACGACAUUGACACAAACGUAACGGCAAGUAGGGAGAACGCUUAUGUACUAUCCUUUUUGUUAUCCACAGUCUCGAAGAGCGCCUGUACGUCAAGUCCUUGUGUAAAUGGAGGGACAUGUGUUGAUGCAACAAACAAUGACGGAUCUUUACUAGAGGCCGUGGUGUUUGCGAACCACACACAGUUCAUUUGCGUAUGUCCUAAAGGAUACGCAGGAGUCAAAUGUGAGAGUAAGUUACCAAAGCAAAUGGCUUGGGUUCACUAGUGCAUGCAUUUAUAACUUACGAGCAAAUUUAAAGAGCCUUUGCCUGCUUUAGUAGUGAACGAAACUCGCUUAGUGAGAAGUGCGUAGCGGUAAAACACCGUUGCUUCAGGAGUCUUACAGGAAUAAAAUGUCUGUCAGACAAAUAAGUUAUGAGGGGGAGUUACCUAGUACUUGGCUGCCUAUAUUCUUCGGGAGUGUCCACACUUGUUGGAAACCAUAGCCUGGGUACCAGCACAAAAUGGUGUUGUGUUCACACUUUAAGUAGCCGACAUGUGACUGUGUACAUAGUUACUCCGUUACACCCUGUCGGAAGCCACUUGAAAACACGAGCUUGGCAGCGAGUACGAAGCAGUGGACUGCCCCAGAACUAACAAAAACGGUGUGCACGCAAGGAGAAGAUGUCCACUUUAGUGCUCGAGGACAUUGUACUACAUAGUGCCCAAAUUCUAGCGAGGAUACUUGAAAAAAGGGGUGUUUACAUUAGUGCCCAGCGAGUAACGUCCUUGGGCACUGUGCUCGGGCACCACGUGUGAACGCUGCCUUAUGUAGUCACCCACGACACGCAUAACGGUAGUCAUCUUCCCCGAUAUCCGUAAUAUAUUCGCAAUAUACCCAGUGUGUAAUAACUCACAUGUUAUUUAUUAAAAUAGAACUGGUGAUGACAAACCCCUGUUCUACUCAUCCUUGUCUGAACAAUGGAACGUGUUUUGAUGAAACAAACAGUGCUGGAAUGGACUUGAAACUCGUCAAUGCUCUGGACUUCCGGUGUUUCUGCCCGAUUGGUUACAGUGGAAUUAUAUGCCAAGGUAUGAACAACAGUGGAACCCCGCCAUUUCCUGAGACUUGCGUCGUAAAAGCUGUGAUACAAAUUGUUCUUGAAUUUAAUAGCACAGUACAGUACAGUACAAAACUAGUCAGCAAUAGUCGACUACACAAACAACAAGUGGCUGCGCGAUCAUCUAGAUUUAAGCAUGCAUGUACACUGGCAGCUAUAUAACCCCGGUUGCGGUAGCCAUGGAUGGCUGAUUCGUCUUUGCUAGUACUGUCAACGUAGCUCAGCCCUAGUUCACCAAAACAAAUCGAGAGAAUUAUUUAGCUAAGCGUUUAUUGUUGAUGUUCUUUUGAUUGACCUGUGCUAUUCUCCUUAAAAUAGAUCCUUAUACAGCUUGUCAUUCAAGGCCUUGCCUUCAUGGCGGAACAUGUCUGGAUUCAUCAAACACAGCUGAUGUGGCAUUUAAUGCCAACGGAUACAAGUGCCUCUGUGUUGAGGGCUUUAGAGGGAUUAAUUGUGAAGGUGGGCCACUUUAAAAAAAAAACAACUUACUUAAACUUCCAGAAAGGAUGAUUACAAAUCUAAAUUUUGCAUGCAGAUGUUCAAAAGCAUAUUUUCUUUUGACAACAGAAUAAAUCUAGUAAUACCGACCAAUAUAAACGUCUCCCGAGUGGCAAAUCUUCAAAACAGUGACCAGGGGCGUAGCUAGGGGGGGUCCUGGGGUGCCCGUGAUCCCCCCUUGGUAGGCCUUCUUUUGAGCAAACAACCAACAAUAUUCAGGUGGCGAAAACGCCAAGACAAUAUCUUGGCCGUAAAAGCCAUUGUUGGAAAGCCCACUUUUUUAAAAUUUGUUUUCUUGUGAAGUAUUUUCGUCAACGGCUUUUGUCUUUAGUUAAUAUGGGCCUUCAUGCCGCGAUGAUACGACUGAGCCCGCUGAUACACGAGGGAGAGCAGCGGUAUAAACCACAUAUAGUCGGCGAUCCCCGGAUGGUGUCCCUGCUGUGACCCCCCCUUUGAAAAAUCCUUGCUACGCCCCUGAGUGACGUUCUUACUGCCCACAAAUAUCAGAUCGCUCUGGUGUAAAAAUAAGUUACAUGAAAAAGGGAUUAAAUCAAUCAAAUGAUUCAUUCUUGUUUUUAUCUCAUAUCAGUUAAUGCAGCAGGUGUUCCAGAAACGCCGAAUCCUUCAGUAAAUGCCAUGGGUAAGAAAUAUAUUUUAAUUUGAUUUUAAGACGUUACAUCUGUCUCGUAGUUUCAAAAAUACUAAGUUAUGGCUUCCCUUUUUGAUAUUUAAAGCAGCCACGCAGGGAACAUUCAAGCCAGUGGUGGUUUACAAACCGUCGCCCACAGGUGAGUCCGUUUCCCUCGCGGUAUGAUACAAACCUGUUCUACUACAGAAUGGAUUAAAUGACUAACCAGCCCCCGGUUUUAAGUAUGUCAACCUUUACAGUGAAGGCGGAGCAGGGGGGGGGGGGGCUUUAGUCGCCCCUCUCCCCACUUUUCUAUAAGAAUUUGAUUCUUUUUUUAGUAUGAGAUACGCAUGAAGAGUAAAGAAGAAAAAAAGAAAAGGAAAAAGGUCUGGUUUACCACAGAUAAACACAGAUGAAGUUAGAUUACCUGAAGUGCGAGCCGGGGACUGGCAGGAGGGAAUCGCACAAGGCAUGCGUGUGGUCUUUAGUCGUAUCGUUCUCACACACGGAGAGCUUGUAUAAAAAGGCAGACCAGUGUACUCUGUCGGCGGAAUGUAUAGAAGGCUGAGAAAUUUAUUUCAAGUCUACAAAACCUCCAUGACCGCUGUAAACACUAGAAGUACCUGUCAUUUUACACUUUAUCCAGGUUGAGAUUUUUUUAAAGAAAUAUCUCAUGAAGAAUGUUGAAAGUAAAAUUUCCGAGCCUCCAGAUUUAAAAAAUUUUGUAGGGAAGGAUGCUCCCAGAACCCCCUACAACGCGCCUCCAAAAGAAAAGACGCACCGCCGUCCCUGCGUUAGAAGAUUAGGCAAUUUGAUUAAAGCAGCGAUUUCCAUUUAUUGCUACAUUUCUCGGCGAAGGUAAACGUGUUCACGACUUGAGAUGAUCCCGUCGUAACAGCAGACAUACUUGUCCUUGUAACAAUGUCCUUGUAAUAAUAAAUGUGGAGGUUUUUGCAUCAGUUGUUGGAAUUUUUUGCCUCGAUUUUUGCCCGAACUAAUCAAGCUAAUGUACCACCUUUCAGUUCGAGUGAUCGAUGUCAAUCAAGUACCUCGUGGACCAACAACUAACCAAGGUAAUUCUUCGUCCUCACAUGAACAGUUGUCGACAAGUUAAUCACAAACAAGUAAAGCCAGAGCUGUGAAGAUUUCAGAAGAGGUCUGAAAAACUCUGUUAAGGAACCAGAUUUUUUUCUCGUGGCUUUGUCAACUAGAAAUUCGCUAACGCCAAAAAUGACCUCCAUAUUAGUUUUUUUAUUUAGGAUUGAGUGAUUGGUGGAUUGAUUGAUGAAUUGAUUUAUUGUGUUACAGCUUUACCUGUUUUGAUGCCUAUAACACCUCAAGCCCCAGUUAAAACAGGAUUUCAAAGUACUACACCAGAGCCACAGCAAACAAACCUCCUUACCAAGCCUGUGCCACUUCCAGCCCAACCAAACAUAGCUGUUGCACCUGUCGGAGGAUCGCCUAGUCCCCUCGGUUACCUCGUACCAGCAUCAUCAGCCUCACUACCAUACAUAGGCUCUCCAAAUAUGGCAGCUGCUUCUGCACCAGCUCCCUUCUAUGUGGCUCCUGUAACCAAGCCAGCGUCUUCUCAAAUGCCGUCCUGGGGUUUAAUCCCUUCUGUUCCAGUUGGCUUAUCCCCCGGGUUAGUUGCGGCCCCAGCAAUUGCAGAGCCACCUGCAAUUAUCAUGCCCCCGGGGCUAAAACCACCGCCAGAUAAAAGACCUCCAGUUGUGGCCAUCCCUAGAGUACCCCUUAGAAGGGUCCAGAUACCAGGACGCCAACAAGGCUUAUAUCGACAGACAGUAAAUAAUUAUCCACCUGGUUAUGCAGAAUAUUAUGGUGGUAAUAGAAGACGAACAUCGUACAGUUAUCAAAAUUCACCAUACUAUAAUUCCCCAAGACAGUGGGGUACAGAUCGAUAUUAUCCCGCAAGUAGUUAUCAAAGAAGUCAGGAAAUCAGUAAUUCGUACCAAAGAAGAUACGGCAGACAAACAGACGAUUAUGGUCAAGGUAAAUACUAG